CGAAUGAUACAAUAUGCAAACUCUAAGAGGAUUGAGAGACUAAUUCUACAGAAAGGAGAUAAAGUCUAUCUACUUCGAAAAAACAUCAAAAUAACAAGAUUUAGCAAUAAACUCAAUUAUAAGAAGUUAGAACUAUUCAAAAUCUUAUAA